AUGCGCGACGCGACGGUGGAGGAUGAUUUCGUCGACCGCUCGGGCGCGCCGAGCGCGUUCGAGAACGACGGGUACGACGAACCGGACGCGACGAACGACGAGGCGUUAACUUUUCAGUGCGCGCGCGGUGGCGGCGAUGGGAGCGCCGCGCUCGUCGCGCGCGCGACGAGAACGACGGCGAGGGAGGGUGAUGCGCCGUAUAACACGCAUCUCUCAGUGAGCGCGGAUGGGGCGAUGUGCGCGGUGACGACGACGUCGGGGCGGGUGCGAAUCAUCGCGCGAGACGGCGGGAGCGGAGCGCUCGGCGACGACGCGCGCGAAUUCGUUCCGGGCCACGGGUGCGCGGUGAACGAGUGCGAGUUUGGCUCCGCGAGUGAUCCGCAUGCGAUCGUACUCGCGUGCGGUGACGGUACGGUGCGGGUGUACGACGUGCGAACGAAGGACGAUAGGGCGACGGCUGUGUUCCGGGCGCCGUACGGCGAACGGGACGUCCCGAGCGCGUCGCUCGGCGGCGACGGAGACACGCUCGUCGCCGCGGCGGCGGGGGCUCAUGUCGUAUUUUAUGAUCGACGAACACAAGGAGGAGACGCGUGCGUGGGACUGUUCCAGGAUGCGCACUCGGAGGUCGUCACUCGCGUGCGGUUUCAUCCGGAGAGGCGAAGCGAGCUGUACACGUCUAGCGUCGACAGUUUGGUGUGCGCGUUUGACUGUUCAAGAGCUCCGUUAAACGAUGAAGAUGCUCUGAUAACAAUUAUGUCCGCCGACGCCGCGGUGAAUAACAUCGGCUUCUGUCGAACGGGCGCGAGCGGUAACGAGCGGGACGCCGUAUGGUGCACGACGGGGAUCGAAGAGGCGCACAUUUUUCUUACGACGUCGAGCGACAAGCGUCGCGUCGGUGUGCAGCUCGUGCACUUAAAGAAUGCGAGGGCACUCGCGCAAACGGCCGCGCACUCUCAGUCAUUCAUGGACUUCUCGACGCAGGUGGACUACGUCUUGGGCAUCCACGACGGAGUCGAUCCAGGGGAGCUUUAUCUCUCCGCCGGGACCCAGAGCGGAAGCGUUGGCGUGUUUCCUCUCGUGCAAGGGCCCGAACCGGCCCGAGGCACCGCAGGAUACGUCAUCCUCGGCCCGCCCGUGGCGGUCCUUCGAAAUGGACAUCGUGACAUUGUGCGUGCGAUGAGCUGGGACGGGAAUCGACACGCCUCAGAAGCGGCGCGCGUGCCGCUGACGUGCGGUGAAGAUUCACUCGUGUGCGCGUGGACGCCAGGCGCUGCAAACGCCGCGGAUCCGCCUUCUGUUGACCGCACGCGCCCUCUCGGUCGAAGACACUCGCCUUAUUGA